AAUAGUUUUCAUUGAGCGUUUUUCCAAUAUAAUUUUAAAAUGGCACCUUGCAUACAAUUGCAUAGAUUUCUAGAUAUUCAAGACAAAGAGCGAACACAUUUAUUUACUUUUAUUAUCGAAAAUCCGCACGAUAUUACUGGCUUUGACGUACGAUCAAGAGAAUUUCAAUUUGCUGGUCACAGAUGGUACGUUUAUACUGGAAAAUCAAAUGAUUAUUACAGCUUUUAUCUGCGAAUCGUGAAUCUCGGCAAAGAUGUCAAAGUUCACACUGCAUACUCAUUCACUGUCAUAAAUGCUGUCAAUUACCAAAAUAACUACACUUGUCACAGUCCUACUGGUGGACGAGUUUUUUGCAGAGAUGAUGAUUCAUUAUCAUGGGGAUGGAAAGAAUUUAUAAGGAAAGAGACUUUACUGAAGCCGAGUGGUGGUUUUCUAUAUGAUGGAAAUAAAGUGUUAAUUGAUCUAGAAUGUAAAAACUUCAAAACUCUAUUUGAAGAAGAAAUUAUGCUACCGUCAAUUACAAAUGAAAUGCCUUACCCAGUAAUUCACACAUCACCUUUCAGUGUUGGUGGAUUUGCAUGGCAGAUUCGAAUAUUUCCGAAUGGACCUGAUAAUGAAAGUGAAGGAAAUGUGGCUUUAUUUCUUCAUUGUACAACUUCAAAUCACUUGGCCAAAGUUAAAACCAGGUUUCUUAUUCAUGGUCAGCCCUCACCUUCAGUAUAUGAACAUACCUUUCCAGCAAAUUGUAUCAGUGAAAUGCCAAGUGGUGUCGCAUUUCCAAAUAAGGGAGAUUUCAUGUCUUCUUUAAAAAAUAACAAAUUGCUUGUAGGAGUUGAGUUUAUAGCCGUUUAUGAGGUGAAUGAGGUUCAUGUGACCUUAUCCGAUACGACAUCAUGUCCAACAGUAUGUAUGACACCAUUUGAGGAUUUAACAGGGUGUCCGUGGGUAUUGAAAACAUUGCAGGCAAUCAAAUUAAAGUUGAAGCUUGAUCAAAAUGAAAAAACAACAAGUGGAUUACAAGAGUUCUAUCAUAGACAUAUAAUGUGGAAUGCAACACUAAUUGCUCCUGGCUCUGAAGACGUAUCCCUAAAUGUACCAUUGAACAACAAAGGAGCUUUAAUUGGAUAUUUUGGUGAAAAUUGGUCCGAUGCUGACGUUAUUCGUUCAGAAAUGCAAAUUCAAGAUCUUUCAGUGAGUGACAACCCAUAUCGUACCGAAGUUCAUGAUGGAUAUGAACAGUAUUCAUACAUCACAAUCCACAUUAAUAUUGUUUCAAAUCACCUACUUUAUAAAACACCAGCACCAUCACCGACUGCAGACAGAGAGAGAAAACUUUUAUAUUGUGCAAGAAAAGACAGGGGUAAUAUGCAUACACGAUAUCAAGAAUUGUUGCAACAAAAAAAAGAAGUGGAAAAUAAAAUGAUGGCAUUGAAGCAAGCGCAACAGGAAAUGCCAGAAGCACCAAAAUCCACAUUGAUUUUAUCUGUUCCACAAUGGCCAGCAAUGUGCUUCAGAUUUUUAUUUGAUUUAAUUGAUAAAUGUGCAGAAAGACAUGUAUCCAAAGCAUGGCGAAAAUCAUACAGUGGGAAUACAGGAAGACCCUACAUUCGCCCAGUAGUUCAGUCGGAGGCUGAAAACUGCAAAUUUUCAAUUAGAUACAGAGAGCAUUUUAGUUUGUUGGUGAAUGAUGCUAGACCAGAUCCGGCUGAUCUUGCUACUAUUCAAAGAGAGGUUGAAGAACUACAUCUUGAACUAACUCGAUUUGUAAACAAUUCUUUGCCGCUUCGUCUCACAAGGAUCGUUCAAGCAGGAUCCAUUGGAACUGGAACUAUGUGUGGCAAUCGGACAGAUGUUGAUUUUAUUUUACUUACGCCAGAUCUGCCGAAGAAUGGUCAUGCUGCCUGGCUACCUGGAUUUGUUCAUGCUAUCACUAAACUAAUGUGUGAGGCUGUUGAUGAAGGCAAACUUGAGGGAUUUUCCGAAUUUUAUCACAAUGCAUACACAGUUCAGUUUAUGUACAACGAUAAAAUUGAAGUGGACCUAUACUGGACUUUUGAUUGGAAUUCUGAAGGUGCAGGAGGAUAUGAUGCUUUAUAUAAUGAAUUACUGAAGCAACAUAAUUCUGAAAAUCUUUUAUGGUUUUGUUCUGCUGCGGCGGAAAGACAAAAAAUUUUCAUUGAAGAACAGCCAGACCAGGUAAAAGACCUUAUUAAAGUUGUAAAAAAUUGGAGAAACACAGUAGAUUGGAUUGAUGCUAAAUGGAAACCUCCAUCGUAUUUAUUAGCUCUACUUCUUGUCCGUGCAUAUGAGAUAGCUUGUCAUGAGGUUGAAGGAAGUCUACCAAGUAAUCGUACUGUUAUUAACAGCUUUGUGAAUCUGGUGCUCACUUCGAAAAAUGAAAAGGAACCAAAUAUAAAACUAUCAUGGGGAAGAUUCUAUGAUCCCGGAGACUAUAGCAUUGAAUACACAGGCACUACUGAUGGAAACGCAGCUAGUUUUCCACUAAUUCAAGACCCAGCAAAUCCUCUGAACAAUAUAGCAGAAAGACCACUGUCAUGGUUACCAUUUUGUAAAGCUGUGGAAAAGUGGGCUCAAACUCUUGGCAUAAUGCGGGAUGAAAUAAUGUCACAUGUUCACAAUAAAAGAAUGUUGUAGAAUUGUGAUUGAUGUAAUUUUUGUAUUUAUCUUUUGUAGGUAUUUAUUUUUGACAUUUCAGAAUAACCAGUAAAAUAUAUAGAACAAUGGUAUGAUUCGUUCCAUGUAGAGCAGUGGUCGACGAACUUUAUGUACUAUUGGGCCAAAUAUGCACAUUGACGAUGUGGCAUGUGGGCCGUAUGCGGGCCACCUCCUUAUAACAAUUGCCACAUUGCACAUUUCUGUUUUUAUUAAAACUAAGGGUAGGCACAUUCGGUGAUUCAUAUGUGCCUAUUUUUGCUCAUGCUAACUACCAAAAACAAACUCCGAACAGCAGCCUUUGUUAGGACAUACAUCUGUGCGCAGAUAAUAAUUUAUUUAUGCGCAAUUUUUGUUUUGUGCUUUAAAAGGGAAGUUCGUUGGAGGGCCAAAAAAAAUUGUUUGGGCCCGCAGUUUGCCGACCACUGAUAUAGAGCAUUUAAUAUUUUGAAGUUGUAUUUUCCAAUCUGUUUAAAUAAUCCUGUUAACCCCAGUUCUUACCAUUUCUUCUUCCUACAGAGUAAAGAGGCUUUUGAAACCUAUCCUUCACAGCAGUAUUAGAUAAGUUUCUCCAGAAAAUAUGGAAGGUACUUGCACAAAUGGCUUGAAGUGUAAUUACCGUCUUCUUCAUAAAUUAUUAUCACUUAAUUACCUAUCCCCAUUCAAAAAGAAAUCCUGAUGCUCGGCGGUGUGGCGCAGGGUGCUAAGAGUCAGUAGUGCGCUUGCUACUGCACCUCUGAUUAACCUGUGUGGGUCCGCAAGUUCAAAUGCCAUGCGGGGAUAGUUCUAUGCGAGAGAAUUGCUGGACUCCUCGCCACUGUAGGGUGGUUCACGUAACCGCUGGACUGUUACGACGUCCUCCACCAUCAAGUCUAUGCUUCCGAAAACAAAUAACUGGCUAACCAAUCCAUACCUGAUAUGGAUCGGUAACCUGGCGAGAGGC